UACCCCCCAGUGCCCAGGCCCGUCAGCCCGCCGGCACAACCGAUUGCCAGCGGGCACGAGGCGAGAAGUGGGGCCCAGAGGGCGGGAGGGAAGCAGAGGGCCGCGGGGAGCCGCCUCUCCCGCCCCGGCUUCUCUUGGGGGCGGCGUGCCUCGGGGCUGCCCAGUUGGAGCCGGCGCCGGGGCCCUCUGCAGGGACUCCAGCCAGGCCUGUGAAGCCGGAGGGUGGAAUGUGGCCUCCGGGAAGGGGCCCUGGAAGCCUGCUGGGCAGCUGGGGGCGAGGGGGAGGGAGGGCGGCCCUUUGCCGCGUCCAGGAGGAGGAGGAGGAGGAUGCCAGCACAGCGGACACGAGGGCCAAGGGAAGCCCUCCUGCUGCAGGCGGGGGUGACGAGGGCCCCCCGCAGCUGACUCCCAGCCCCAUCCCAGAGCACAGGCUUCAGCCCCGUCCCUUCACCCUGUGGCCUCGCUUCUGCCUGCACGGCGUCGUCACCGGCCGCGAGGCAGGGCCUGGGGGGGACGGCGGGAGGGAAGGGGCCGGCCAUCCCGCGGUCCUGGCCUUCUCGGCCCCCCACCCCGUCUCCCUGUCAGGGCGGGUGCCUGCACCACCCCCGGCCUCCCCUGGGACACGCGAGGGCCCCCCAGAACGGCAGACGGAGGCCCCCCAGCCCUGCUCCGAAGAGCCUCACAGCCGUCUCUGGUUCUCUCGCAGCUCCUGCACGGCCGACGCCGAGAAAGACGGCAGUGGAGCCAGCAACAGAGCGAAGCAGUUCCGGGCCCAGCCGGGCUUCGGGGACCGCCGGGACGGCGUCAUCAGCGCCCGAACCUACUUCUACGCCAACGAGGCCAAGUGCGACCAGCACAUGGAGACCUUCCUGCGCUGCAUCGAGGCCACGGGUGCCGCCACCGCCAGCGGCUUCUCCGCCAUCAAGCUGACCGCGCUGGGCCGGCCCCAGUUCUUGCUGCAGUUCUCCGAGGUGCUCACCAAGUGGAGGAAGUUCUUCGACCAGAUCGCGGCCGAGCAGGGCCAGGCCGGGCUCCCGGCCACGGAGGCCAAGCUGGAGGUGAAGGAGCUGCAGAAGAGUCUGGAAAACAUGGGCAUCAGCAGCAAGGCCGACAUCCAGAACUGGUUCACGGGGGAGAUGCUGGGGCUGUCCGGCACUGUGGACCUGCUGGACUGGAACAGCCUCAUCGACCCCAGGACCAAGCUCUCCAAGCUCCUUCAGGUGCCCAACCUGCAGACCGGCCAGCUGGAGCCCCUCCUGUCCCACUUCACGGAGGAGGAAGACCUCCAGAUGAAGAGGAUGCUCCAGAGGAUAGACAUCCUGGCCAAGAGGGCCUCGGAGGUCGGGGUGCGCCUGAUGGUGGACGCGGAGCAGACGUACUUCCAGCCGGCCAUCAGCCGCCUCACCCUGGAGAUGCAGCGCAGGUUUAACACGGAGAAGCCGCUCAUCUUCAACACGUACCAGUGUUACCUGAAG